CUGGAGCCACCCGCCCUUGGGCCGCGGCCAACCCCCUCCUUCUCCCUUCGCCUUCUCCCUUCGCCUUCGCCUUCCUACCCCGCCCCCGCGCUCGUUCCCACCCCUCCUUGCGCGUGUGCACGCACCCUUCCCCUUUCUCUUUUCACCAUGCGUUUUUUCUUGGGCAACCGGGACAAGAAGUCCCCCGCCGACUCGGCCUCCGCCACCGCCAGCACUCUUGCGAACCUGCGCGAAACCAGCAGCAAUCUCGAGAAGCGUGAGGCUGUCCUCCAGCGGAAGUAUGACGAGUUGACCGAGCAGGCGGUCGCCUACCAGAAGAAGGGCCAGAAGCAGCUGGCUCUCAAUCAGCUGAAGCGCCGGAAGAUCAUUUCCGAUGACAUUGCCAAGCUCCAGGGGAUGCGCUUCAACAUCGAGACGCAAAUGCACAGCAUCGAAUCGGCCGCCAUCACCGCGGAUACCAUGGACUCGCUGAAGCGCUCGGCUGAGACCCAGAAGAAGAUCUACAACAACAUGGACCAGGAUAUGAUCGACGAUGUUAUGGACGACAUCCGCGAGGCGGCCGAUGUUACCCAGGAGAUCUCCAACUCCCUGGCCGCGCCCCUCUUCAACAUUGACGAGGAUGAGCUGCUUGAUGAGCUGGAAAACGAGAUCAGCUCCGCCGUCGAGGAUAGCCUCUUCGAUGUCAGCACCCCCGCGAGCAGCAAGCACGCGCAGUACGACCUGCCUGCGGUCCCGACGCAUCGCAACACGGCGGAUCUCCUUCCGCCAGUUCCCCAGUCCUCGCGCCACCAGCAGGAGUCCGACUCGGAAGAGGACGAGCUCUCCAAGCUCCGUAAUGAGAUGAUGCUCUCUUAGACGAUGUGAAUAAUCCCCCCUCCCUCCCUCUCUCCCCCUCCCUUCUCCUCCCUCAUUCUACACCUCUCCUCCUCCCCCUUGUUGCUUCGCGCAUUGCCUGUGCUCUCCCUCCUUCCAUUGCGCCACUGGUCAAGGGGGGAGAUCAGGCACACAUGGCUCCGGCCACAUGUGGUGCAGUAGCACUUCCCUCUUCAUAUACUACCGUUUGUGUCACCUUCUCCUUCUUCCCUCUCUCCUCCUCUCCCGACACAGCGUUGCCUUCAGUUCCCCUCCUCUCUCUUCCCUCCCCCCUCCCUUCGCUUGAUUGUCCUGCAGUCUGCGGCUGUCCUUGUUUCUUGCGCCCGAAGACCCUCCCUGCGCUCGGACACAUUGACCGAAUACACCUUCCCCCCCCCC